AUGCCAAACAGUAGCCCCGAAUCCGCGAGUGUGGCGUCUGCGCGUCUCAGAUUACCUGCGUUUACUGUCAAUGACCCGGAGCUAUGGUUCCAACGGGUCGAGUGGAUUCUAGAAGACACCGGCGUCAAAACCAGCUCCGAAAAGUUCCGCGAGCUCGCAAAGUCGUUCGACGACCGAGAGGCCGGCGAGGUUCGCGACCUAAUUCUCAACCCGCCAGCGGAUAGGCCCUACGAACAGCUUAAAGACACACUGCUUCGACGCCUGGUGAAGUCACAAGCACAGAAGACGCGUCAACAACUGGAGCGCGAGGACAUCGGCGAUAGGACGCCAUCACAAUUUCUGCGGCACCUACAGGCACUUGCAGGCCCCUCAGCAGCCGACGACAUCAUCCGGACAAUGUGGAUGGACCGUAUUAUUCCACUUGUUCGCGCCAGCCUCGCAGUGCAAGUAGCACAACCAGGAGUCAGCCUCGACGACUUGGCGAGGACCGCCGAUUCUGUCACGGAUGCAAUGGGAGCUAUCGCGCCCCAACAAAGAGUCUCAGCAGUGUCGAGUACUACCGAAUCAUGGUUGCGUGAGGAAUUUUCGCGGUUAUCAGCACAACUUGCCGAACAGCACCGCGAAAUCAAUGCCCUUCGGGCCGAAAGGAGACAGAGACGCGGCCAACAACAAUCGCGUGACCGCUCAUGCUCGCGAAAUCGCAUGCGUUCGCAAUCGGUCAGCCGGGUUGAUGGUUUAUGCUGGUAUCACCACCGAUUCGGUAGGGACGCAUAUAAGUGCCGGCAACCAUGUGCAUUCUCCGCGAGCGCUAUGGACACGGGAAAUGCACCGGGCAGUCGCUAA